CGCGCCGCUGAUGACGUGCGGCGCUCCCGGAAGUGCUCCGUUCCGCGGGUGUCUUCCCCACGUGUGGAGCGCUGCUGGUGGUUGUUGUGCGCUCACGGCCUCUUCCAGUCAGCGGUGCCCCCGGAGAUGGAGCACUUCCAGCUCAGCCUGUCGGCGCUCGGCGCUGUCUCUCAGAGGAGCGGCGGAGACCUCAACCAGUACCUCGCCAAGCAGAUAUGGACUCCUCAGGACAGAGAAUCCAUUUUGAGCUUGCUUGCACAGUUGCUCCUAGACAAGGAAUGCACCCUGCUGAUUGGGCGACAGCUUCGACCUUUGCUUUUAGAUCUUCUGGAGAGAAAUGGGGAAUGUAUCAAAGCUGGAGGUCAGGUGAACCACGAUCUUCAUGAAAGGUUGUGUGUUGCUAUGAGCAAAUUGGUUGCCAGCCACCCUGAUGCCCUUCCAUUUGCACUUCGGUAUUUCCAGAGUGCUCCACCUGUGUUUAAUAGACUGUUCUUGGAGAGCUGUGACUCGAGCACGGUUCGUUAUGGCCGAAGACGAAUGAAACUGCGAGAUCUAAUGGAAGCAGCCUACCGAUUUCUGCAACAGGAUGAGCUUUCCUUUAGAGAAAUAUGGGACUGGAGCGUCUGUGUGCCUUUGCUGAAAAGUCACGAUCUAGCUGUUCGCUGGUACACUUCUCAUUGCUUGGCUCUGGUUACUUGUAUGUCAGAUGAGAACAGACAGAGCUUUCUGAAGAAAUUGUUUGUUACAGAUGAAUUAAUAAAUUUCAAACUUCAAUUACUGGAUGAGCUGCAUAGCCAGAACGUAGAGCAGGCUCUUCUAUUAACCAAUCCAGAGACUUCCUUGUGGUGUAAGGACAAAACCCAGCAAUAUACACAGGGCCAAAUUGUGUCUGGAGAUCUGUGUUCACAUGUAGUACCGGUCUGCGGAAUAACUCUUACUAAAAAAAUGAUUAAAACCAAGGAGCAGGAAGUUAGCAGUAAUCAGCUAAUCUUAGUGGAAACAACUUGCAGAAGUCUCCAGAGUCUUGCUCAUGCAGUCACCUAUCAAAAUGCCGUGCUUUUGGAAGGGCCCAUAGGAUGUGGGAAAACUGCUCUAGUAGAGUACUUGGCCAGGGUUACUGGACGCUUAAAACAACCUGAUUUAUUGAAGGUGCAGCUUGGGGAUCAGACUGAUAGCAAGAUGUUGCUUGGGAUGUAUCGCUGCACAGAUAUUCCAGGGGAGUUUGUGUGGCAGCCAGGAACCUUAACACAAGCUGUUGCCAACGGCCACUGGAUUUUGUUAGAGGAUAUUGAUUAUGCACCACUUGAUGUGAUAUCAGUGUUAAUCUCAGUUUUGGAAAAUGGUCAGCUGCUUAUUCCUGGAAGAGGUGACUGCAUCAAAGUAUCUCCGGGUUUUCAGCUAUUUGCUACUAGAAGGCUACUAACUUCCAAUUCUGGAUUAUGGUACAGACCACAGACUAGCCAUGCUUCAUUGCUUGACAAAUAUUGGACAAAAAUACAUCUUGAUAACAUGAACCGAAGUGAACUGAAAGAGGUUCUUCAACAAUUGCACCCUAAUAUGGACCUUGCCAUAGACCGAUUACUUGACAUCUACAUCCAGCUUACCGGCGAUAAGCACCAGUUGCUGCCCAUUGACAGCACUGAUACACAGCUGAAUAUGCCUGGCACGGAAGGCCUGAAAAUAUCAGACAAAAGACCUAGUCUUGAAGGCAGAGGCUUAUCAUUACGAGAUUUACUGAAGUGGAGCAACAGAAUUGCGUAUAGUUUUGAUAGCUCUUUAGCAAGCACUGCUUUAAAUAUAUUCCAAGAGGCACUAGACUGCUUCACUGCAAUGCUGUCAUCUCCAGCGGUCAGACUUAAGAUGGCAGAAGUAAUUGGCAGCAAACUGAACAUUUCCAAGCAAAAGGCAGAAUUUUAUUGUCAGCUUUAUAAACCCGAGAUUGUGGUGCGAGAACUGGAUGUCUCUGUCGGUAGAGUUGAGAUGCUUAGAAAGCAAACUGAGAGCAUUCGAGUUCACAGGGACAGAAUAUCUUUUGCUGCUACAAGACCAUCUUCAAUAUUAAUUGAACAAAUUGCAGUGUGCGUUAAUAAAGCAGAGCCUGUCUUACUUGUUGGUGAAACUGGCACAGGCAAGACCUCCACCGUUCAGUAUCUUGCUCACGUUGCAGGUCAGCGCCUUCGCAUCGUCAAUAUGAACCAGCAGAGUGACACAGCUGAUCUCUUAGGCGGGUACAAGCCUGUGGACCACAAACUUAUAUGGCUGCCUUUGCGUGAGGGCUUUGAAGAUCUUUUUGCACAGACAUUCUCAAGGAAGCAAAACACUGCAUUUUUGGGUCACAUUAACACAUGCUAUAAAAAGAAGAGGUGGCAGGAUCUCCUUAAAUUAAUGCAGCAUGUUCUUAAAAAUGCCAUGACUAAAGUUCAGACUGCAGACACAGAAUUCUUGUUAAAAGAAAAAUGGGAAGCGUUUUCUCUGCGUCUUAAUCAAGCGCAGCAGCAAAUGAGGAUGACCGAAAAUGCUGUGCUUUUUGCAUUUGUAGAGGGUACUUUAGCUCUGGCUGUAAAGAAAGGAGAGUGGAUUUUAUUGGAUGAAAUUAACUUGGCAGCUGCUGAAACACUGGAGUGCUUGUGUGGUUUACUUGAGGGCUCAUCAGGUUCACUUGUUUUGCUCGACAGAGGUGAUACAGAGCCUCUGAUUCGACAUCCUGACUUUCGAUUAUUUGCUUGCAUGAAUCCUGCUACCGAUGUGGGCAAGAGAAAUUUACCACCUGGAUUAAGAAAUCGUUUUACUGAACUUUAUGUGGAAGAACUAGAAAAUGAAAAAGAUUUACAGAUACUUAUCAUGGACUACUUGAAAGGUCUCAAUGUCGAUAAAUCUGUUGUCCUAGGAAUAAUCAGCUUUUAUUUGACAAUACGAAAGAAAUCUCUUGUAGAGCUUGUGGAUGGCACUGGUCACAGACCACAUUUCAGCUUGCGUACAUUGUGCAGAGCCCUGCGGUAUGCAGCUUUAAAUCCAUGUGACAACAUACAGCGAUCCCUUUAUGAGGGAUUUUGCCUCUCUUUCCUAACACAACUUGAUAGAGCAUCUCAUUCUAGUGUGCAGUCAUUAAUUUGUCGCCACAUUGUGCCCGGGAACAUUAAACAAUUAUUGAAACAGCCUCUUCCUGAGCCUCGUGGAGGCAGGUUUGUCCAAAUAGAAGGAUACUGGAUACCAGUGGGAGAUAAGGAUCCCACCAUAGAUGAUAGUUACAUCCUAACAUCGUCAGUAAAAUUGAAUCUUCGAGACCUUGUGAGGGUUGUCUCUGCGGGGAACCACCCAGUGCUUGUCCAGGGAGAAACCUCUGUUGGUAAAACUAGUCUAAUUCGAUGGUUGGCCUGUGCUAGUGGCAAUCAUUGUGUAAGGAUUAAUAAUCAUGAGCACACUGACAUCCAGGAGUACAUUGGCUGCUAUACUUCAGAUGCGUCCGGAAAACUUGUAUUUCAGGAAGGUGUUUUAAUUCAUGCCAUGAGGAAAGGUUACUGGAUUAUACUUGAUGAGUUGAAUCUGGCUCCUACAGAUGUGCUUGAAGCACUCAACCGUUUGUUGGAUGAUAACAGAGAGCUUUUUAUUACUGAAACCCAGGAAGUGGUUAAAGCACAUCCAAGGUUCAUGCUUUUUGCAACCCAGAAUCCACCGGGCAUUUAUGGUGGAAGAAAGGUAUUAUCCAGAGCUUUUCGGAACAGGUUUGUGGAGCUACAUUAUGAUGAAUUACCAAGUGCUGAACUGGAAACCAUAUUGCACAAACGCUGCUGCCUGCCUCCAUCAUACUGUGCCAAGUUGGUUGCAGUGAUGUUAGAACUGCAGUCACACAGAAGAGGAUCCUCCGUCUUUGCAGGAAAGCAUGGCUUUAUUACACUUCGAGAUCUCUUUAGAUGGGCUGAGCGAUACAGAUUAUCAGAACAAACAGAAAAAGAUUAUGACUGGCUUCAGCACUUGGCAAAUGAUGGUUUCUUGCUCCUAGCUGGUCGAGUGAGAAAACAGGAGGAGGUAGAUGUAAUCUUAAGAGUCUUAAAGAAGUGCUUCAAGAAGGCGGUAGUGCCAGAGGUCCUCUUCUCCAGAGAAAAUAUGCAAAAGCAGCUGGAAAAGUUAUCUGUUCUAAGUGGUGGAACGGAUCAGAGUUUUUCACAUGUUGUAUGGACUGUAGGAAUGAGAAGGCUAGCUGUUCUUGUGGGUCGAGCAUUGGAGUUUGGAGAGCCUAUCUUGCUUGUAGGGGAUACUGGAUGUGGCAAAACCACCAUUUGCCAACUGUUUGCAGCUCUGCAAAACCAGAAAUUAUACUCUGUUAACUGUCAUCAACACAUGGAAACCUCAGAUUUUUUGGGAGGGCUGCGACCUAUCAGACACAGGUCCAAGGACAAAGUUGAUGAUGAAGAUGAGAGUUCAAAGCUGUUUGAGUGGCAUGAUGGUCCGUUGGUUUUGGCUAUGAGGGAAGAUGGAUUUUUCUUGUUGGAUGAAAUCUCUCUAGCAGAUGAUUCAGUUUUAGAGAGAUUAAACAGUGUCCUUGAAGUGGAGAAGACACUGGUAUUGGCUGAAAAGGGAAGUAGACAAGAUGACGAUGAGGUGGAACUUUUAACAGCUGGAACAAAGUUUCGAAUUUUGGCUACUAUGAACCCUGGUGGAGACUUUGGAAAGAAAGAGCUUUCACCUGCCCUUCGCAACAGAUUUACAGAGAUUUGGUGUCCACAAAGUAAUGAUCGCCUUGAUCUUGUAGAAAUUAUUAAGCACAAUCUGAAUCCAGAAAUGUCUCUCACCUUCUCAGAUGACUAUGGUGCUGUUUUAGCGGAUGUGAUCAUGGAUUUUAUUGAAUGGUUGACAAACCAAGAAUUUGGUCGUUGUUGCAUUUUCAGUAUUCGAGAUAUACUUUCCUGGGUGAACUUUAUGAAUGUCACUAUAAAAAAUGACAUAUCAGUGGCUCAGUAUGAAGGAACUAACCUCGAUACCAUCGCAGCUUUUAUACAUGCAGCUUGCCUUGUGUACAUCGAUGGCUUGGGAUCAGGAACUACCUUUUGUUCCGCUGCUUCUGCAAUUUCUGCCAGACAACAAUGUAUGCGUUUUUUACAUGAGAAGCUCUCUGCUAUUGUCCCAAUUACUGAGGAUGUGCAAUUAGACCUACAAAUGUAUGAGAAAUCUAAAAAGCGGAAGAUAAAUUCAUUGGAAAACUUGUUUGGAAUCCACCCCUUCUACAUAACUAGAGGUCCUGUAUUUCAUGAAGAAUCUUUGACUGAAUAUGCACUUGAUUCUGAAACCACAUCAAUGAAUGCACAGAGGCUACUGCGAGCAAUGCAACUCAACAAACCCAUCUUAUUAGAGGGUUCCCCAGGUGUUGGAAAGACCAGCCUUGUCACUGCAUUGGCCAAAGCUUCUGGAAAUCAUCUUGUUCGGAUAAACCUUUCUGAGCAAACGGAUGUAACAGAUUUAUUUGGCACUGAUCUUCCUAUUGAGGGAGGAAAAGGUGGAGAAUUUGCUUGGCGUGAUGGACCACUUCUUUCAGCUUUAAAGGCUGGGCAUUGGGUUGUACUGGAUGAACUUAAUCUGGCAUCUCAAUCUGUACUGGAAGGGCUUAAUGCUUGCUUUGACCAUCGUGCUGAGGUGUACAUUCCAGAACUUGGCAUGCACUUUCAGGUGCAACAUGAAAAAACAAAGAUAUUUGGAUGCCAGAACCCUUUCCGUCAAGGAGGUGGUCGAAAAGGGCUUCCACGAUCUUUUUUAAACAGGUUCACACAGGUUUUUGUGGAUCAGCUAUCGCCAUCUGACAUGCAGUUCAUAGCCAAUUCUCUUUUUCCUACCUUGGGUGAAGAAAUAAUUGGGAAAAUUGUAGCAUUUAAUAACCAGAUUGACUUGGAAGUUAUGGCUGAGAGAAAAUGGGGUCAGAAAGGAGGACCGUGGGAGUUCAAUUUGAGAGAUCUGUUUCGGUGGUGUCAUCUUAUGUUGCACGAUCAGUCACCUGAAAGUUAUGAUCCAUCCCAGCAUGUUUUACUGGUAUACGGAGAGCGGCUGAGGGCUAAAGAGGAUCGACAAAAGCUUAUUUCUGUUUAUCAAGAGGUGUUUGGGGAAGAAAACACUCCUUACUUGGGAAGCCGACAUUUUCACAUCAGUCCUCAAAAUAUACAGGUUGGCUUUUCAGUUCUACCCCGUGGCACUAAUUGCCCGUCAACUACACGCCGACACUUGUCUCUCCUUCACCACUCCCUUCAGUCUCUUGAACCACUCAUGAAGUGUGUAGAAAUGGGCUGGAUGGUAAUCCUUGUAGGCCCUGCAGCUGCUGGGAAGACCAGCCUUAUUCAGCUCUUGUCUCUUUUGACUGGAAACAAACUGAACGUUAUGGCGAUGAACAGUGCUAUGGACACUACAGAGCUUCUUGGCGGAUUUGAACAGGCUGAUAUCAACAGACCAUGGCAGCAGCUCCUUGAGCAGGUAUGGAAUGCAGUGAUAACCUUGGUAAGAGACAGUCUUCUUGCUACUGAUAUAUCUCCGGAUGACACAGAAAGUUUGAUGCGUUCUUGGAGCAACCUAAAUCUUACUCACAAGCCCAGAUCUAUGGUUGAUGGAGGACAUGGGAUUUCUACAGAGGUGCUGAACAAACUAGAAACCGUCCUUUUGCAAAUUCAGAGACUGAAUGGAAAGCUAAACUCCUUUACAAAAGCAGAAUUUGCUGCGAUUUUGGAAAGUUUGCGUAAUUUUAAGGACCAGCUCCUUCAUUCUGUAGAGGGGCAGACCAGUGGAACAUUUGAAUGGGUUGAUGGAAUGCUGGUGCAGUCUUUGCAAGCAGGAGACUGGCUUCUGAUGGACAAUGUCAACUUUUGUAGUUCGUCUGUGUUGGAUCGUCUCAAUGCGUUGCUUGAACCUAGUGGUGUUCUUACGGUCAGUGAGCGAGGAGUCAUUGAUGGGACCACUCCCACUAUAAUGCCUCACCCAAACUUCAGGUUGUUUAUGACAAUGGACCCUUCUCAUGGGGAAAUCUCCAGAGCUAUGAGGAAUCGUGGUGUUGAAAUCUUCAUGCCUGAAGACUGUGGUGACUCUCUUCUGGAUUCUUAUGACAUUAAGACUUUAUUGAACAGUCUGGGUGUCAUUGGAGACAAUGUAUGCAAUGCUUUGAUAGACGUCCACAAAGAGAUCAAGGAGACUGUAAUUGGUUCUCCAUGCAGUUCUCUUUCUUAUUUACUUCAUGCUGCAGCUCUGAUAUCCCAGCAGCUUCAAAGAGGAGUUGACCUAGAACAAGCUUUCCAGAAGGCCUGUGGAGAUGUGUUUGUUCACUCACAGCCCACAGCUGUGGUUCAGCGGCAAGUGCAGCACAUUAUUCAAAGUCAGACGUGUACUCUCAAACCCACACAAGGAGGUUGUUUGUUAUCUAUUGGAUUGUGGCCUGAUAAAGUUCCUGAUGCCGUCCUUUCUGCUGAGGACUCUAUUUUAUCGACCAUUCUGAGAGAUGGACAAGUUCUUUCUUAUAUCCUGAACAGACAUUGUUUGAAGAAAACCAGAAAAAUUCCACUUGCAAUACAGGAUCUUCAGUUGAUGGCAAAGUCAAAUAGUACAGACAAUCUCAAUUUUAAUGCUUUGGAAAUGGAAGAUGUUUGGAUGGAUGACUCUUCCGUCAUUCAGUAUUCUGUCCAGCUGAUCAUUGAGAAAGCAAGUUCAUUCGAUUGGAUACUAAGGAUGCGCUGGCUUUGCCAUUUAUCAAAACAGUUGCCAUCUGAACUGGAUCAUAUACGUAUGGUGAUUGAUGCUGGGGCGCAUGCUUUGAAUCUGUUCUACUCUAGUCCACUGUCUGAAGAAAUGAAUAGUGCUAUGAAACUCUUCUACACUUCAAGAUUAGGAGACACUAGUGUCCCACUUGAUCCUCGCUGGAAUAUGCAAUUAUUGGACAUUAUGAAGCAUUCCCUCACCUUCGAUACUGGCAUGGAACCAGAUAUGGAAAUAUUUAGCCAGCUGGAUAGUAUAGUAAACAGGUCAAUUCUUCUAAUCAACCGACAAAAGCAAUCUUUCAUCGAGACACAUGUGUCCAGGAAGCCAAAAAGACAAAGUGCUUACAAAAUUGCUGUUGAAUUUCACAAAGAUCCAGCUGUCCAUCAGGACCUUCCUCAUCCAGUGGUAGUCCAUCUCGCUGCCUUUUUUGACCUAUGGGACAUGCUUGUGUAUGAAUACCUUGAGUCUAGCUUUUCUCCAUUGACAGAUGAAACGACUAAUAAGGUUUUCUCCUGCCUGAGGUGGCGUGAUAGAUUCAGGCUGGUGUCUGAAAAUGUUGGCUUAAAGCAUGGUGAUCUAGCUGUGCUAACUCUUCACUGGAACUGGGUUGCGAAGCAUUCCGUAAAACAGAUUUCAGAAAUCUUGCUCGGACAUGAACUUCACAGACUUUCCGAAGAAGUCCAGUCCUUAUCUGUGACUAUUCAGGAGUGUCUAUCAUCUUCUCAAUCACCUGCUAGCAUAAAGUUAUUGCAGAAAGUUCUUGUUAGACCGCUACCAUUCAAGGAAGACGCUAUAGUACAAUGUGUGCAGAAGUUAAAAGAGCUAAGUGCUCCGCUUAAUGUCACAGAGCUGAGGCCGGUUAAGCAAGAAAGCACAUGGGACCUGGAGAUCUGCAAGUUAAAAGCUGCUUGCUCAUCUUGGGAAACCAAGUUCAGUUUGCUGAAAGCUUGGGCCUCUGUCCUUCAAGCAAACAAUCAGGAAGACAUUAAUGCUGACCACCUAAUUAAGUCUGUGGAAUUACUGAGGUUACAGUUGCAGAAACAUGGGGUUCUUCUUGGUCCUGGAGACCGGAGUCAGGAAGAGAGUAUGUGUACACCACUAAACCAAGAAUGUUUGCCAAAGCUUUCAAGUCGUGUUCAAAUGUGGCCUGGAAUGGAGUACCUCAUGCUCUUGUGGCAGUACAAAAUGAUUACUGACCUGUUGUCCCAUUCUUAUUAUGUUCGGAAGAACAUACAGUCAGACCUAAACCAGUUGGUUGCAUUUUGCCUGGAACAUACACCAGUUUCUGUAGAGCAUCUUCGAGCCUUCUGCUUUCUUAGCCAACAGCCUGAGGUUAAUUCUGGUGAUGUUGCGUUAUUGUGGUCAGAGUUGAUCAGCAGCGUAUUGUCAUCGUUCUGGAAUAGCACUGUAACCACUGAUCCAGACUAUUGGGCAUCCUGGAAACUGCACGUCUGCCCAGAUGAUGCAACCAUUCCCCAAACUCUCAUGGAGCUUUCUAUGAAGGGUCCUGGUAUUUUAAACAGAGCUGUGCUUUCAAAAUGCUUCUGUGAAGUUCUGACAGGCAGCAGCAAGGCACCAUUGUGGGAAAUGAAAGGUCUUCCAGAUCUUCUGUCUUCACGUGUGAGUCUUGGAGAAGGAGUAGAGAGACUUCAGCAGCUGCAUGAAAUCAGUUCCACACUUUGGACGAAUAUGGCAUUCUCUUCCUUGGCAGGCUUUAGAAACACUGAUGCCAGACUUCAGGGUCUUCUCUUGUAUCAUCAUUUUGUGGCUUUGAAGGACCUUGUACCAGAAAGUCUUCAAGAGGAAUUUUUACAAUAUUGUGACCACCUACCGAUGAAGGACCUCUCUGCAUUUCACUAUAUCCAGGACAUCUUGGGAGACUGGUCUAAUGAGGAAAGGUUACCUGGAAACAUUGUUAAGCUCUGGUUGACAUGUCUACAGCAGUUUUAUGCUGAUGUCGAUGAUGCAGUUCAAGCCUCCGAAGCAGCCCAUCGGGGUUCUCUGUGGAUUAACUUGGGUUUACUGCAGAUUCACCUUUGGCUGCCACAAACCAACUUUGACCCAGCAGUAAAAAGAAAAUAUAAAUUACAGUAUGCUGAAGAAGAGCUGCAUGAACUGGACCUCGAAUGGAAGACACGCAAUUUGUCAUGCAGUCUGCUUACAGGAAAAGAGCUCAAUGAUGGUGCAUUGCAAAAACACAUGCACCCUCAUAUAAGGGCUUUGCUGCACAGAAUUCAGAGGCUGAAAGCAAUCAUAUAUAAUCUUUCCAAAAAGCAGGCUUGCCGCCCCACAAGUCCCACUUACAACACUUUGUACCAAGAUGUUCACAACUACCUCAACAGCAUUGGCAAGAUGUCUUCUAUCCAGGAUUUUUCUACACGACUUUUAAAAGCCCUCAGUGGAAAGGGUAACAAGUCAAGGCAGAGUAUUCUCAAUCUGCUGUCUGAAGAGGUCACGUGGCAGCGAUCCCAACACCAGUUCAGAAAGCGUCUUUCAGAGGAGUAUUCCCUGUAUCCAGACAUAGUAACUCCUCUUCAAGCCGCCAUUUUGCAAGUGCAACAUGGAAUGAGAGUAAUAGCCUCUGAGCUCUACGUCACAAUGAACAGUGCUUUAAUUUCUCCACCCAAGAUAACCAACCUGAUAGCUUCCCUUCUUGCUUUUCCAUCUACGUCUGAAGCGUUUCCCACAUACUUUUCACAUGCCGACAGCUUGUGUUCAGUUGGUUCCCUUGACAUCCUCAAAAGCCUUAAAAAACUUUCUCAAAAGUAUCCAUGCAAAGACCGAUCACUACAAGGAAAGGAUUUAAGUUGUUGCCUAACUAAAGAGCAGCUGCUUGUCAAUGGGUUACUUUAUAUACGCUCUCAUAUUCUUUCAAAGGGGGAAAUGGAUCAAAAGUCCCUGGAGCUCUUCAGACAUAUAUGUCAGGUUAUUAUCAAUGAGUGGGAUGAGCAAGAGCAGAGUGCUAGAGAGCAGGAAAAGCAAGAAAGCAGCCUCUAUAAGUAUAAGAGCAAGAGUCUUGGCCCCGGUGUUACAGAAGAGGAGGAAGAGGAGAGAGAGUUCCGCAUGCGGUUUCCAGUAUAUGAUCAGGAUUUUGCAGACAUAACAGAACAACUCAGUCUGGAUGAACCUAUGAAGACAGAAGGCGGUGAAAGUCAAGCAGAUGAUCAGACAACGCUCGUGUCUAAGAGUUCAAUGCAUACUGUGAUGCUCAUUCAUCAGCAGCUCUGUCUAGGUGUUGCCAGAUCUCUUUGGUAUCACCAGAAGCCACCGCAAAAUCUAAGCAAACAUUACCUGAGUGUGUUCCUCUCAUGUUACCAGACCAGUGCUGCCCUCAUAGAGUCCCUUUACCCUCUCAUAGGGGCUGACCUAAAUGAUCAUCUUUCCAGCAGCCAUUUGCUGGCUAGCACGCUCAUGCAGAACACAAUAUUGGGAAACAGUACCUCUGACCUUGUAGUGCAGCACGAAGGCCCUUAUGACUUUUAUCAGCAUCCUAACAUCCAGCAGGUUAGGCAGUGCCAGUGUGUGCUGAGUUGCUUCAGAGAAGAAGUGAACAAAUUGCUGGGAGAUUGGCCAGAUCACCCUGCUUUGGUUCAGCUUGUCGUUAUAAUUGAUAGAAUUCAAGGAUUUCCACUCUCCAGCCCUCUUUCCAAAUUUCUAAACGGGCUGGAAAUUCUUUUAGCGAAAUCUCAAGACUGGGAAGAAAGCGCCAGCCGGAGUGUGACUCUGAGAAAGAACCUAGAUGAAAUUACACAGCUUAUUAUCCAGUGGCGUAAACUUGAACUUAGCUGCUGGUCUUUGAGUCUUGACAACGCUAUGAAGAGACAUGCUGAAAAAUCCCAUAGACAUUGGUUUUCCAUUUAUCAGUUGAUUGAAGAUUACCUGCAAGUGGAACAGGAGCAAGAGAAUGGACAAGAGCAGUCAUUGCAGUCUGUUACAAAGACACUACAAGCAUUUAUUGAAGGAUCCACUUUGGGUGAAUUCCCCUCUCGUCUCCACAUGAUGCUGGUUUUUCACUGUCAUGUCCUGCUUGUGCCACAAGCAUCCAGGAAAGAUUCUUUAUGCAGUCUUCUCUGGAAUCUUUACCAUUAUUAUAAGCAAUUUUUGCCCUCUGUUGAAGCAAGAAUUAAUGAAUUGCGUAAGCCUGUGGAGAAAGAGCUGAAAGAUUUUGUGAGUAUAUCCAAGUGGAAUGAUGUCAGUUUCUGGGCUGUAAAACAGUCUGUGGAAAAAACCCAUCGAACACUCUUUAAAUACAUUAAGAAGUUUGAAGCCACUCUGAAUGAAGCCACCACUUCAGCAUUAGUGGAAAGUGUCCAUGAGGAUCAGCCGGAUUUCACGAACACUGCAGUAGACUUGAAAGUCAAAAGAAAUGCUGUGCAGCACCUCGCUUCUGUACUGAGCUCUGCCUUAUCUGGAGGGCGCAGUGUACCACUAAACUAUGGAGAGAACAUUUAUUCAGCCGAGUCGCUUCAGUGCCGUCUUCCAAAGCUGACUAAAAGAAUGAGACACUUGUGCAGUUCUUUCAUAAAGAAGAGCCAAAUGCCAGCCUUGUUUGAAAACCUCAAUAUGUUUACUGAGGGAAUCUUAGAAUCUGUGCAAGAGCUCCGUAAUCUUACCAUAGACCAGACUGCAGAAAAAGAGAAGCAAAAAUCAGAGGCCAAACACAUCUUGAUGCAAAAACAAAGGGCACUUGCAGAUCUUUUUAAAAUGUUGUCAAAAACAGGUUUGUCUUAUCGUCGGGGAAUUGCAUGGAUGCGUUCUAAGGACAAUCAGGAUAUCCUCUGCCUCCAUCCUUUGGACGUUCGCAGUGCUUUCACAGUCUCAAGUAGUGCCCUGGACACCAAUUCUGAGCUGCUUGCAGAAAUCACCACCACUUGGGAUGGGUGCCAGAAGUAUUUCUACAGAUCUCUAGCACGUAAUGCUAGACUGGAGACUGCAUUGUUGAAUCCUGUAAAGGAACUUGGCCUAGGGAACAUUGAGCGAUGCAAGGGUUUCUCUGGUCAUCUUUUAAAGACCAUCCUGAAACAGAGAAGCUCCCUUACUACUGUAACAGAACAGUGGAUUAUUCUCCGAAAUUUGUUGAGCUGUAUGAAGGAGAUCAACUGCCGUGUGGGAUCAUCUGAUGAGUACAAGAUUGCCUUCCCACCACAGGAUGGGGCGCAGCAGUGGCUGGACAGAUUGCAGCACCUUGUAAUGCAGUGCAGCAUUGUACUUGAACAAUUAUCCUGGUUAUUGGAAUGCUGUCCUGUAAAUAAUAAGAAAAGUGAAGAUAAAAGUUGUGAAGAUGCCAAGCCUUGGACAGCAGCACUGGAUGUUCCUUCUCCAGCCGCUGCAGACUGGCUGCCAAAAUUAUGCACUAUCCGCAGAUCAGACAGUGAUUGGCAGCAGUUGUAUGAGACAGUAACAAAGAUGUUAGCCAAUAUUAAAGCCACAAAAAAGGCUGUGGACACAAUUCGACUGCAGUCUUGCGAGACUCUGUUUUAUUCUUGGAAACAUUUUGAAGCUUGUUCUUCAGCACUAGAUACCAUGCAACAGAUGGCCCAGGACUUAAGAGAGGUAGAGUUGCUAUUUGUCCUCCCUGAGCGAGAAGUAAAAGAGGCUGCACAACAUAUGACUUUUCUGAAGAGUAUCCACUACAUCAGAGAAGAAGUUCGUAUAGCGGUCAGAGAGUUCACUUUGUGGAAAUCCCGUCUACAGGCAAUUGGAAGAGCAAAGAGGAACCAAGAGUCAGAUGAAAAAUAUGUAAAAGAUUACUCGGAUCAUGUGGAGACCACCAUCAAGAGUAUUUUAUAUGCUAUUCAAAAACUUUCAGAGAAGAUGGAGCAGAAGAAAACACUUGAACCUGUGAAAACAGAGGAUGAAGCUGAAGACGACACAACAGGGAACGAUCUUCAGGAAGGCCUCAUUACCAAAUUGCUGACUGAAGAUCUCUGCCAUGAUUUAAAGGCUUUGGACGUGCAGGCCAUAAUAUCUGCCGUUUCAGAGCUCCUUGAACGGCUCAAAAGCUAUGGGGAGGACUGCAUAAAGGAUAAACACACGUUCUUCAACCAGUGCUGUGGCUUGCUUGUCCGACUCUUACCAAUAGUAUCUUCCUAUUCUGACCUUCUCCUGUUUUACCUUACUGUGUCAUUGGCAACACACAGGGCUACAAGCAAAUUACUUUCAAUCUUGACUUACACGUUUACUGAACUUGCAUUGAAGGGAUUCUGCCUCCCCAAAGAGCUGAUUGAAGAUUCUGCCGGUGAUGGAGCGACAGAAUUUCAUGAUUAUGAGGGAGGAGGUAUAGGGGAAGGGGAAGGCAUGAAGGACGUGAGCGAUAAAAUUGAAAAUGAAGACCAGAUUGAAGAUACCUUGAAAAAGGGUCAAGAAAAAGACGAGGAUAAUCCUGAAGACAAGCCUGAUGUGAAGGCAGAAGAUAAUGCUAUUGAGAUGUCUGACGAUUUUGAUGGGAAAAUGCAUGAUGGAGACAAAGAAAAGCAAGAUGAAGAUGAUAAAUCCACCAGUGAGGAAGAUGACCUUGAUAAACAAAUGGGAGAUCUUGGUGAUGGUGAUGCAGACAAACUUGAUGAACGUCUUUGGGGAGAUAAUGAUGACAAUGAUGAAGGUGAUGGUGAUGAAGCAGAAGAGACUGGGCCAGGAAUGGAUAUGGGUGAAUCUGAGCUGGUUGCUAAGGAUGACAACCAGAAUGUUGAAGAACCAGGAAAAGAUAAGAAGCAGGACCCAAAAGAUGAGACUAAAGAGGAACAAGGGGAGGAAAAUCGCAAAGACAAAAUUCAUGAGCAGCUUGAUGAGCGUGAAUACGAUGAGAACGAGACUGAUCCUUAUCAUGGGAAACAGGAUGCUAAUCAAGAGCCAGAAGCCCUUGACCUUCCUGACGAUCUGAAUCUAGAGACUGACGAGGGGAAAGCCAGUGGAGAUGAGCAAGCUGAGGAAAACGGUGAAGAGCAAAAUCCCUUUGAUGUAGAAGAGAAGCCAAUGGACAUAAAGGAAGAAAAUAAAGGUGAAGAAGAGGUUGAUGAGGAGAAACCAAAUGCAGGGGACCAAGAAAUGAAUGAACCUGACCAGGAGAAUGAGGACAAGGAUAAGCAGGAAGAAAUAGGCCCACAACAAGCAGAGGAAGAGUCUGCAAAUGAGGCUGGAGAGAAUACCACAGAGCUUGCAAAUGAGGAGUUAAAACCAGAACCAGAAAAAGAGGAUGAAAAUGGAUUGCAAACAGACAGUGGACUCCUGCCUCAGAAUGAGGAGGAAGUAAAAAAUGGUGAAGAUGAGGAGGUCCCUGACUCUGCACAUAGAAUGGAACAUGAGACUUGUGGUCAAACUGCAGAGGACAACUUACAGAGUGACACUGCUGCUGAACUGGCUGGUGCAACAUCCGAAAGGGAUGAAGCUAAGGAGGAUCACGGUACCGGAUCGGCAGAUGCAAGUCAAUCUGAGGGGCAUGAGUCUAAACUGAUGGCACGCAUGGCUUUAGAGAAACAAAGUGCCCGUCCUACACAGAGCAUCAAGCGUAAACCAGGCCAAUCAGAUGACAGCCGCACUUUGGGGGAUUUCACUGAACAAGUCCACAAAAGGCUGAAGACCAUGGAAUCCAGCAAUGAAAUGGAAGACAGUGACAAGCAAACUGAACGCCAAGCACAAGAAGCUGAUGCUUAUGAGCACAUCAAGCAGGGAGCAGAGUCUUAUGAUGCACAGGCAUAUGAUACAGCCAGUAAAGAGCAAGAGAAAUCCCUGCAGCCUCAAAAGGAAGAAAAAGAUGACAGUGCUGCACAGGAAGAGGUGGAAAUGGAGAUACAAGAAGAUGAGCACCUUGAAUCAGUUACUGUCGAACAGUUAAAGCCAGAGCAACCAAAGUCAAAAGAGUCCAUUGCACAAGGGCCCAUGGAACCUGAACUAGAGGUGCAAGGUGUAACUACAGAAGAUGAGAUACAGAUUCAAGAAUCUGAAACCACAAAUACAGACAUGGAGAAACCUGAAAGAAGCCUAGAAUCCACCAUACAUACUGCCUGGGAUCUUUUACGAGAACAACCUGUGCAGCAGUCUCCUCAAGAUCUUGAAGUGCUUAGGAAAGAACUUGAAAAGCAGCUAGAAGCAUGGUAUACACAUGGUGAUGCUGAAGAUAAGUCAGCAGCUGAAAUGUGGCAGAGUUACCUACUUCUCACUGCUCCCCUAUCUCAGCAGUUAUGUGAACAACUAAGACUUAUUCUAGAGCCGACAAAAGCAGCAAAGCUCAAAGGGGAUUACAGAACUGGAAAGAGACUGAAUAUGCGAAAAGUCAUUCCAUACAUAGCCAGUCAGUUCAGAAAAGACAAAAUUUGGCUGCGCAGAAUGAAGCCCAGCAAACGGGAAUACCAGAUCUGUUUAGCCGUAGAUGAUUCCUCUAGUAUGGUUGACAACCAUUCUAAGCAGCUUGCCUAUGAGUCGCUGGCAGUGAUAGGAAAUGCAUUGACACUCCUAGAAGUUGGCCAAAUUGCUGUGUACAGUUUUGGAGAAAAUGUCAAGCUUUUACAUCCCUUCCAUGAACAAUUCAGUGAGCAGUCUGGAUCCAGAAUACUUAGUCAGUGCAAAUUUCAGCAAAAGAAGACACUGCUUGCUCAGUUCUUAGAAUCGUGUGUGCCAAUGUUUGCUGCAGCACAACAGAUGCCUUCAAGCAGUAAUCCAGAAACUGCUCAACUACUUAUAAUAGUCUCUGAUGGAAGAGGAUUGUUUGUAGAGGGAAAGGACCGUGUCACAAGGGCAGUAAAGGCAGCUCGCAAUUCUAACAUAUUUAUUAUCUUCAUUAUUUUGGACAACCCUACUUCUAAGGAUUCCAUCUUGGAUAUUAAAGUGCCAAUUUUUACCGACCCCAAAGAGAUGCCAAAAAUGAUAUCUUACAUGGAGCAAUUUCCAUUUCCAUUCUACAUUAUCCUUCGAGAUGUAAACACUCUUCCAGAGACCCUGGGUGAUGCCCUCAGGCAGUGGUUUGAGCUGGUGACUACCUCAGAACAUGUGUAGAUCAUGUCUGGAUACAUGCACAACCGCCUGCACUCUCUCAGCAGCAGCAGAAUGGAGAGAUGACUGGGAAAUACUUACUGAACAGUGGAAUAGAACAGCAUGUCCUGUGGCUCAGGUCAAGUCAUUUCAGUGAUGCAGGAAGCUAUGCAACGUACCUCCUAAGUAGAAAAUGGCAUACGUUCAAAUAUGUGAUAGUACCUACCAGCCAUUCUCGUGUAUAACAUAACAAGUUUAUGAUAAAACGAAGCAGGAAGCUUCUAGCAGUACACAAGUAGAUGGACACGUGGAAGGAAAGAUUGUAAGGCAUAAUAUGUAGAGAUGUAGGACGUUUGUAUUUUUUUCCCAAGUAAAACAAAUACAAAAAUCCAAGGUUUUAUUUUUGUAAUAAACCAAAGUUCUCUUAAAACCGUUUAAUCUGAGAAUCCAAACAUUUCUAUUCUUGUUGUGGUCUAACUUGUUUUCCAUACUCUGUAUUGUAAAUCAUAACAUUAUACUGUGAAGCCUGAACAUUUUGUACUAUAUUGUUAGGACAUAUGUACAAGUUAUUUGUCUGUCACACUUGUCUUUUUUUCAUUUUUUUUUUCUUUUGUUACCCCCAUAGCUAUGCAGA